ACUCUACUAGUACUACCCCACCCCCUCCCCCAUUCGCCGCCACGCCACGCCGCUCCGCCUCGCCUCCUCCUAUCUCUCGCCAAGCUCUUCCUCUUCCUCUUCCUCUUCCUCCUCCUCGCCGCGUGCCGAGAAGAUGGGGAAGCGGUGGAUCCCUCUCGAGGCCAACCCCGACGUCAUGAACCAGUUCAUGUGGGGGCUGGGAGUCGCCGAGGGGGAGGCGCAGUUCUGCGACGUCUACGGCCUCGACGACGAGCUGCUCGCCAUGGUGCCCCAGCCCGUGCUCGCCGUCCUCUUCCUCUACCCGCUCACUUCCCUGGACGACGACGAGGAGGAAUCAGGCGCUGCUGCCACUUCCACGGCUGGGGACAAGUUCCAAUUCUCAUGUUAUAUCUUGAUGUGGAAGUUCAAUCCUCAUGAUUUGAGCAAGAGGGUAUACUUUACAAAGCAGACUGUUGGCAACGCAUGCGGAACAGUUGGUGUUAUCCAUGCAAUAGGGAAUGCUGCAUCCAAACUCAAGCUGGUUGAGGGAUCCUAUUUUGAUAGAUUUUAUAAACAAACUGUUGAUAUGGAUCCAGUCCAGCGUGCUGCCUUUCUUGAGGAGGAUGAUGAGAUGGAGGAUGCUCAUUCCGUUGCUGCUUCGGCUGGCGACACUGAUGCUAAUGUUGAGGUGAACGAGCACUUUGUAUGUUUCUCUUGUGUUGAUGGUGAACUUUAUGAGCUUGAUGGACGAAAAUCGCAACCAAUAUGUCAUGGCCCUUCAUCACCAGAUACUUUGUUACAGGAUGCUGCAAAAGUCAUCAAAGCCAGAAUUGCGUCCAACCCUGACUCAAUGAACUUCAACGUCAUGGCUCUUUCGAAAGUUGUGGGUUUUAGAUCAUAGACCAAUGUGUUUGGAUGAUGUAUUCACGUUUUGUCAAUCGAGAGGUUAUCACAGAUUUAAAAUCUUCCUGUUUUGGUUUUGAAUGGAGUACUUAGUUACUAGAGCGAUUUAUACAUGAUUUCCUUGUCGUUUUUAUA